CCUCAUGAAGAAAACCCACGACCCAACCUCGUCGCCCUCGGGCAUCGAGCUGCACAAGAUGCUGUUCAACCCGUACUCCCUGUACGGUAAAACCGGCCUAGAUGACGCCAUUGGUGGCGCUAUGACCACCCCUCUGGGCAAAUACGACCAGUACUUCACCACCGAACUGACCGAACAUCUGUUCGAAAAAGCCCAAGAUCUGCUGCACGACCGGCCCUGCGGUUUGGAUCUCGUAUCGCUGAACAUCCAACGGGGACGGGACCACGGCCUGCCGUCCUACCCGCACUGGAGACGUCACUGCCGGCUUCCGCCGGUCGACACCUGGGACCAGCUGGAAAAGGUGGUGGACGCCGGAUCGUACCAACAGAUGCGCAAGAUCUACGGCGAACCGGAGAACGUGGACGUCUACUCGGGGGCGCUUAGUGAGCCGCCCGUGGAGGGCGGCGUCGUGGGACCGUUGAUCACCUGCCUGCUGGCCGAUCAGUUCUUGCGGUUGAAGCAGGGCGAUUCGUUCUGGUACGAACGUCGGCGAGGACCGCAGCGGUUCACCCGGGAUCAACUUCGACAGAUCUACAACACCCGGUUGUCGAGCAUAAUCUGUCGGAAUUCGGACGCGAUCACACAAUCGCCGGUCUACCUGAUGCGCAAGGUCAACCGUGAAGACAAUCCGGAGCUUCCGUGUUCGCAGUUGGACACGUUCGACUUCUCGGUGUUUCGCGAGCGGAAGAAUGCCGACUCGAGGCGGGUCAAGCUAGCGACUGCGCAGGUUGGAGUGGUUGUGCAGCCUUCCUCCAGUACCGGAGUGUCAACAAAUUCGUCAACGGCGGGCACAACUACCGAAGGGUUGACGACGACAACCACUACGACUUCAACAUCCAUGACAUCAGAUAAUAUGUUGGUUUGAGAGAGGUCUGAAAACAAUCUGCUGCAGCCGUAGCUCGGUUUCUGGUAGGGAGCAUGUGGUCUGACAUCUGCCUUCAACGAUCAACUGUUAAACGUCAGAUCGAUCGAUCCUUACCAGAAACGGUUGCUCGAAAACUUGACACUAAUGUAGUGCAUUAGUUUUCUAACUCAAAUGUGUUUUACAUGUGGAUUAGUUCUGUAAAUUAAGCAAUAUUCUGACCUGACAGGCGCAGUGAAUCACUCCAUGAUUUGUAAAGAAAAGUUUUUAGGACUAGUCAUCAAUA